UAGUGCAAAAUGGAUCUUUUGGGAUCGAUUUUAAAUCAAAUGGAUCAACCUCCGUCCGUCAGCAACAAAGAUAAGGAGCUUUUAAAGAAGCAAAAGGAACAGGAAGAGAAACUAAUGACACAGUCAAAGAAUGAAUUGAAUAAAUUUCGCACAUACGUAGAGCAGAGAAUUGAGAGAUUCACAAAGGACAAUCGAAAGUUCAUCAUCUUCCCUCCGGCCGAUAAAGUCUACAGGAGUGUUGUGCAUGAUGUAGCAGAAAUUGCUGGACUGAUUGGUAUGAGCUUCGUAGAUAAUAAUUAUAAGAAUGAAAAUAAAUACAUCGUUGUGUACAAGAGGGAGUAUUCCCCGUCUGAGGACGAAAUAGCAGCCAGAAGGAAUGGAGAAGAGUGGAAUGAGGAAGUAGCUGAAGAAUAUAGAAAGCGACGAGAGGCAGAAGAAGAGGCUGAAAAGGAGAAAAGCCUAAAAAGUACGACUGAUCCUACACCAAAGUCCAAUUAUAAGGAGAAAUACGUCCAUUUGAUUGGAGAAAAAGCCGCCCUGGAAGCUGCCAAGAAGACAGAAACUAACAAAUCCUACGGUUUUGUGCCCAGUGAGAAUAAAAAGGAUUUGCGAUCAAUUGAACAAACACUAUCUGACAUUCAGGCCAAGAAGAGAUUGAAGACCAGCCACCAACCGUCCGGUGAGACUGACAAAUAAGAAAUUACACCCAAAAAAAAAUGGCAAAGGACAUGUAGAGAAGAUAAUAAAAAUAUUCUUACUAAUAA